GCAUCAUGACGCUGCUCAUAAAUCCCCGUCGCCCGGAGAAGGUGCACCGCUACAAACCCGUCGACUCCGCUAACCAAGGUGCUGGAGUAGGGGACGAUUUGAUGCCCGAUUACAUGAAUAUCCUCGGCAUGAUAUUCUCGAUGUGUGGUUUGAUGAUGAAACUGAAAUGGUGCGCCUGGUUGGCGCUGUACUGUUCCUGCAUUAGCUUCGCUAACUCCCGGAUUUCAGACGAUGCCAAACAGGUACUGUCCUCGUUCAUGCUCAGCGUAAGCGCGGUGGUGAUGUCGUACCUGCAGAAUCCAACCCCAAUGACACCGCCCUGGCAAUCGGUGUAGCCGAAUACCAGCGUUGGCCGGUAAGCAACCAAUCGUUUGUCUAAAGCACAUAAAAAACGCAACCCUAUUUGUUAAGA